AUGACCGACAAGUAUCCCCAGGGAUUUCAAUCCAUUGUCAAAAUGAACUGUCUUGAUGGGCAAGAGUUUGCUGGCGAGCUGCGCCCAGACAAGAGCAAGGCCGAAGAAGCAGCAGCAACCCAAGCCAUGCUUGUGUACAAGGAAGAAGCAAAGCGCUUGGGCCUGGACCGCGUGGGAGUCGCUGCCAACAAGCGGAAAGCGGUUGGGCCGCCCAUCCCUGUUGGUCCGCCAGGGAAAAAAGUGAAGUUGGAGCCUGGUGUGAUUGGCAUGCCUGGUUUGGUUCCACAGCAGUCGGCCAACAUUGCGCCGAACAACAAGAUGGACCUCGCAACACAUUGCGCCAGGAUUGCAAGGAAGAUCAUGGAAAAAUCAGACAUCCACUUCGAAACGCAUCAGGUGGAGGGAGACGAUGGAUUCCAGGCUGUAUUGAGGUUGCAAUGUCUUCCCGGUGUUUGGGGCUCCCGGCAGUUCGUCGGACAGGUGCAGCGAAAAAAAACUGAAGCAGAGCAGAGCACAGCUGGCGUUGCCCUGGCCGCCAUCAAGAACGAUCCAUUCCUCAUGAGCAAGUUCAAUGAGCCGCCGAAGCAAAAGAACAUCCCUCCUCGGAUUGGCAAGGGCCAAGGAAAAGGGAAGGCAGUGACCAAUGCUCUGCCGGUGAACGUGCCGCCCACAGCGCAGGCCUUCUCGUACCCCGCACAUCUUCAGGCGUUGGCGAUCCCGGGCAUCCCACAGACCGGAUUUUGGGGCUGA